AUGCUUCCUCUGCACCAGUGCCUCUGCACCUCCUGCUUCCUCUGCACCUCCUGCUUCCUCUGCACCUGUGCCUCUGCACCUCCUGCUUCCUCUGCACCACUGCUUCCUCUGCACCUGUGCCUCUGCACCUCCUGCUUCCUCUGCACCACUGCUUCCUCUGCACCAGUGUCUCUGCACCUCCUGCUUCCUCUGCACCAGUGCUUCCUCUGCACCACUGCUUCUGCACCAGUGCCUCUGCACCAGUGCUUCCUCUGUACCAGUGCUUCCUCUGCACAAGUGCUUCUGCACCAGUGCUUCUGCACCAGUGCCUCUGCACCAGUUCUUCCUCUGCACCAGUGCCUUCUCUGCACCAGUGCUUCAUCUUCACCAGUGCUUCCUCUGCACCAGGGCUUCUGCACCAGUGCUUUCUCCUUCCUCCUCCUUCCUCUGCACCAGUGCUUCCUCUGCACCUCCUCCUUCCUCUGCACCAGUGCUUCCUCUACACCAGUGUUUCUGCAGAAUGUCUCCUCACGACACAAUCUACUGUCUGAUGUGAACUGCUGUGUUUGUGUUUGA